AGGACGGUCUUAAUUUCCCAGUCCUCAAUAUUUAUAGAAGUGGUCUUCUUCCACUUCCGCUAACAAAAAUUAUAGGAAACAAAUUUCUAUCUCUAUAUCUUUUCGAUCGCGUCUUUUGCGAUCAACUAAAUACUAUUAAAAUGCCGGUUGCUGCUCAGACUGUUCGCGACCCGCAUAAUGAGUUGCCAAGACAACGUAUUGGCACCAAGCCACCACGACUGGACGAGCAAUUUCCAACCAGAACUACCAAGUUUAUGAGCAAGCGUUUUUAUCUUCCAAUAGAUAAAACCUUCUAUAGUGCAACUAUCUAGCUGCCCUACGCCUACUCGUAGAGGGGCAGCCUCUCAAUCAUCUCAUAAUCCUGAUAUGAUCAAGCUGUACGUGAACCUCAACCACGGACCCUUAACCCCCCUCUUGGUCUAAGACUCGGCAAAAAAAGGAGGAGGAGCCUGAACCUGUGAUCUCUACUCGUGCCUCUUCGCAAGACGAGUCUGAGGAAGGAGAUGCAGACCCAGAGCCUUUCACCAUAAUUGACUGGAUAUGUUGUUAUGGCAGAAGUUGUUUCUCGCAAAACAAGAUGAAAAGCCAUUCUUGAAAAGAGAUGCAUUCUGGUCGUGGAAAGUUUUUGCUGCUGGAAUACAUGAUAGAUAAUCACAUGACAUCAAUGCAUGAUCACAUACAGACACCGAUGCUUCCAUCUUUCUGCCUUUCACCAUAAUUGACUGGAUAUGUUGUUAGACUCUCACCUCAGAAGUGAAGAAUCUUCUGUAGCUAACCUCUAAUGUGAGUACAUCGUAAGAUGGGGCUUCCUAUUGCGUUUCCAAAAGGGGUUUUGCCGCAUAAUAUUUCCGGACGGAAAAAGCGAAGGAUUUGGAGAUCCAAAAUCAGAUCUACAAGCAGAAAUAGCGGUGAGAAGACCGAGGUACUUCUACUUUUUAGGAGGCACCCACUUUAUAAGUCUUUUUUUGGAUGAGGAUGGUGGAUUUCAGGCGUCAACGCCUUGCUCAUUUUCUUGUACUCACAAUCAGGGACCACGACGGACAACUAAACGCCCUUAUAUACCUAAGUUACAAGAACGAACAACAAGUUUAGUAGGUAGUUCAUUUUUUUGGUCAACUUGCUCAUCAAGAAGGUCGGGAUCAAGGGCCCCCGCUAUGUGGCUACAACUCUUUAUACAUACAUACAGUUACAACGAACAAGUUUAGUGAGUAGUUCAUCAUGUUCUUCGUCGUGAUGUUGAUGACGAGCUGCAGUAUAAUGCAUCUUCAUGCGAGGAUGAAUCCGUCACCAUCUUCAAGAAGGGACAAUUCCACUGCCACCCAGAGGAGUUCUUACAUGAUGAAUCACCUCGUCCCAUGAUGAACCUGAACCUGAACCAUGCUCAGGGUGUUCCGCCGUUUUCUCCUGACAGAAAGCAUUGGUUUGGCUGAGAGCUAUAUGGAUGGAGACUGGAAUACAAAGGACUUAACAACGUUCGUGAACCUAGUUUUAGAACAAGACAAAGCUGGCGUUCUCGUGGGAUUGCCAUUCCUGAAGGAAAUCGAAAUCAAGAUUAGGCAGGUAUAAUACUAUUCUUUUUAGAUGGAGGAUGAAAGGGAUGAAAUCUUGUCGCGGUGUAUGAAAAGGACGAAAUCCUAUUCACAAUUUGAUCAUCGGUCAGGAGCCACCACCACCCGCAAGCCCAACAACAGUGACCAACAUUAUUCUGUACCCCCAUCACUACAUCAGUUGUACAACUACAUUUUUCGCGCGGGAUAUCAUUUCGAUUUUUCUCUGGCGAAUGUGGACGCACAUUACAACCUUGGGAACGACCUCUAUGAACGCAUGCUAGAUCCCACAACCUUCAGCUACACAUGUGCCCUCUAUCGUCCGCCAGAUGCUGGAUAUCAGCACUUCAUUUCCGAAGGACAGUUUGGUAUACUUUCUCGUUGCUACUGGGAUUAACCACUGUGAUAAGAUCUUACAACUUUAUUGUUCUUGUUCCUAAGAUAAAGAUUACAUUGCUUUCGAAUCUCAAUCUGAUUCUAUUUGUAUAAUAUUGUACAGCAAUCCCAAUCAUGAUAAGAUUUAUUUGCGUCUCUACUCGGGUCGCAACGGAAUCAGGCAGCGAUAGCUGUUACGUGGUUCGCAAAUGAAUGAAUGAAUGAAUAUUUGCCUUUAAGACUCUGACACCAACACAAAUCCAAUUUUUUGCAUUUUCUGUACCCUCUCCAGACAAAAAGAACGCUUUUCAAGCAUACAAGCAAAUUUCUCUGGACCAGGCACAGUUGAACAAGAUUCAUCUGGUCAUCCGUAAAGCCGGAAUCCAGAAGCAUCAUCGAGUUGUAGAGUUGGGCUGCGGUUUCGGAGGCUUCUCUUUGGAGUUAGCGAAGAUUAUGGCUUGAUUAGCUCCCUAGUAGAAGUAUAGGCAUGUUGUAAGUACUUGAAAGAAUGGGGUCUUCAACAUCUCAUUCAAUGAAGAUAGAACGACCAGCAGAGUACUGUCACAGAAAACAGAAUAAACAUUCUUAGAAGCUCAGGCCAACAGUAAGGAGAACGAGCGAAAAUGAACAUCGUCCUUGUUUUUGCAGACCACUACCCUGACUUACCACGAAGAUAAUGAUGUGCGGCCUCCACGACAACCCUAUUUUUACGACCCUUUCAUUCCCUGCGUCGGCUGCCGAGUCGAUUGCUACAACCUUUCGGUGGAGCAGUUGGCCCUUGCACGCGCAAAGGCAGAAGCGUCGGGGGUAGGUCAUCUCAUCAACUACAUGCAUGAUGACUAUCGUGCGUGUGUACAUUACUAUUAUGAGAAUGUUCUUGAUCAUGAUAUUUCUGAUGACUGGAGGCUUAUACCUUCUGUAGUAGAUCAUCAUCAUCUCUUCCUUAUCUCCGUCCUUGCAGAUAUACACAACAAACAGAUGAUGUAUGAUUGAAUGAAUUGUGACCAUCACCUGUUUCACUUUCAUCAAGAGAAGAGCACAUCUUCAACACCCUAGGCGGAUCCCUCUAACUCCCUCCCGAGUCUGAAGGGAUCAUAGACGGCGUACGAUCAGAGCUGAGGGAUAGGAGAAAGACGGGAAGUGCGAAGAACAUGUGGAGGAAGUAUGACGCAGUUGUCUCUAUCGGCAUGCUAGAACACGUGGGUCAUAAUGACUUGCCAGUCUUCUUCCAGACAGCAGAAAAAAUGCUCAAGCCAGGAGGUACUAUACCAGGCAAAAGAUGAAUUUUUCAACAUGCUUAUCGUGACUGGCAAGAAAAUACAAAGACAAUAUUGCUAGGUGAUGUGCACUCUCCAAAAUUACAUCUACGGCUUCUACUAGUACUAAGAAUUAUUAUGGGAAAUGAAGAUAAAGAUAAAUGGACAACACGAUCACGAUCAUACCACGACGUCACAGGUACCGCUGUCGUGCAUACGAUUACAUCGAACGAUUUUGGGUACGAGAACCAUAAAGUGACCUAUGGUUUUAUCCAGAAGUAUAUUUUUCCCGGAGCCUGCAUCCCUGCAGUUGGUGCUAUUGUUGUUAUGGCUUAGGGUUUAGUUAUCUACAACCUUCUCUCUCUGAGAGUCUCUCAGCAAGAAGAGCGAUCAGCUUAAGCAUUUCAGUAUUGGUGGCCUUUCUUUCCCCAUAGAAUCUUGCAUGGGCGGUAUUGAGGGUGCUGCCAAGACGGGAGAACCUGUAGAUGAAUUCAAGCACAUUCUAAUGUUAACGCCGCCACACAGAAUACGAAGAUGGAACUGCAGCAUUUUGAAAAUAUUGGUCAGCAUUAUGCGCCAACUCUCCGCCACUGGCGUGAAAACUUCUAUCGGAACUUGGGUAUUCCUUCAUUUUAGUUUUUCUUUCGUAUUUGGCGAUCUAGAUGCAUUGAUUGAUUUUGAAUGAGAAAAUAAUGCAAAAUUAUCACGAACAACAUGACCAUGAGAAUCAUGAUGUCGUUUUUUUUUGAAAUUUUCUUCCCCAAUCAAAAAACACAGACGAGAUCAUGAGUCUGAAGGACAGUGCGGGUAGACAGAAGUAUGGAACGAAAUUUGUCCGCAUGUGGGAUUUCUAUUUGUGCAACUGCGAAGCUGAGUUAUGAUAGGAAAAACUGUAGUCAUCCUCAUCGAUCCUUCUCAAGAACAGGUAGAUAGUGGCAAUCUAGCCGACGUUCUAAGUAGGUCAUGGCCACUGCACGACGCUCUAAUAAAUAGGAAACUGCCCCCUCUUUUCUUGAGCUCACCGUACUAUGAUAAGCAGUUAGUUAAUCUUAAACCGAUUUCUUGACUCUUGACAGCAGGUAGUACCCAUGAAGAGUAAACUCUCUCUUUCUCCGCUUUCAUAAAACUUUAUUUGCGGUCACUUCGGUCUGGGUCACUUCGUUUUCAAGCGGCCAAGUUCUGAAUUUACGGUCAAGGAGGAUAGGGACAAGAUCAUGCCUACUCUCGAUUCCUUGCACGCUUUGAAAGACUAAGAACAAGGGGACAUAUGAACUAAGAUCUACUAGUUGUAAAAAGUACAAGAUGAACUGAGUUUGUUGACCUUCUCCAUUUCAUUGUUGUUUAUGGAGUUGCUCAUUUUGCUCCGACUAAUUGUACACUGAGAUUGAUGUUGUUCAUGAGUUAAAACUACUCAAAGUACUUCUAGAUUGCUCGCAGAAGCAGAUGAUCUGAAGCCACAAUUUAUUUCAGAAUGAUUACGACAAACACAAGAACAACAAGAAGUUUUUUCUGGUACAUGGAUACUGUUACAAGAACAUGCUGACAAGUUUUUACUUUACAUUUUUCAAUACAACAUGGAUGGACCUAGUUUUUAAGAUUACUACUUACGUACAGGCCGGAGGCUUCUGCCUGUGCCCACUUACUUUUAAUCGAACGAUGGUUAAUUGUCAUCUAGUCUAUAACGAUUUGAGUUAUUUUGAUAAUUCCUUGCAACAUCCCAUCGAUAUCGCACUUUUUAUCAAACGACAAGAAAAUCUUGUGUUUCGACUUCGUAGUCUAUCAUUCAUCUCAGGCUAGCAAGAACGUUAUUUUUACUCGCAACACAGAUUUCGAAAUCACGAUGAUGGAAAAUGACUUGACUUUGAUUAUUUCAUCCUCCAACAUUCUUGUUGUCCACAAAUACAAAUAUUCAAAAUACUUAUAAGUUAUAACUUCCUAGAACCAUCUUCGAUCUCGAGAAUGGCCGUAAGCUUUACUGAAUAAGUCACCACUCGCGAUAACAGGCUGCCCCUAAAAACCUUGUCCCCAACAACUUCAAUGAUUGGAGUUACACGAAGACUCUAAGUAGUUGUUUUUGGCUCUUCAGUAGCCAACCUCCAAGCCUGCUGGUGAACCCGGUAGACCAACACUUAACCUUCUAACCUGACUCUCUAUCACCCCUCACGACUACAUCAUCUAUCUACUUGAGUUUUUGCCUCCUGUACUAGUAUCGAGAUCAGAGGACAUCUGAUGCUGGAUGUAAGGAAGAAAAUUUCAAAAAACGCCACAUCAUCCCUUUCUAUGCUGUUUUGUUGAUCUGGGGUUUUCAUUCUCUCAUCGUCGACGGCGUCCCCGUGGCCACGCGCCGCGUCAUUCAUGCCGCUAGCGCGAUGGCGUGACGGUCGGGGCUGAGUGAUUAAAGAGAGACCUCCAGUGAGACCGUUUUCCGCUCAAAUGGAAACAGCAUUCCCCAAGUCAUGGAAAAUUUCAAAAAACACGACAUCAUGCCUUUUUAUGCUAAGCACAAAAUAAGAAGGACGAAGGCCCCUUCAGUAGUUCCUUCUUGAGAGGAC